CAAAGGGCUUCUCGGGCACCGUACAUUAGCGGAAGUUGUCAAAACAUUUCUUGGUGAAAAUGAUGAGAGAAUGUCUGUAGAUAAAACUGCAGGAAAGGAGUGUUCACGGUAAUUGCUAUCGUAACUUUUUAUUCCAGGACUUUCAGCAUGGAAGAUGAAUGGGAAGAGGAGGAGCAGCUUGUUGUGGUGGAGCUCUCUGGUAUAAUCAACAAUGACUUUCUGUCCAAGAGUCGAGGCGCAUGUAAGAUACUGGAUAUUGACAGCGAGAAGCCCCUGAUGCAGGUUGGACAGUAUGUGUUUGCAGGAGAGUAUGAAGACACUUUGGGAACGUGUGUGUUGUUCGAAGAGGGACCACAGAAAGGAGAAGAAGACAGUAGUCCACAGUUGAAGUAUACGUGCCACACCGCGAAGAAACUGAUGAUGCAACGAAUCUUCCUCACUGAGAAAAAGGAGACUGAAACUGUCACAGAAAGUGGUGAUAGUGGUGAACAGAACAACACAAGCUGUCAGUCCUAUCAAGAAGAGAAUGCCGGCCAGCAGGGAGUGCCAGAAGAAGUCAUGGACAGCACAAAUUUGGAAGACUCAGCAGUGAGCUGAGAUAUGGAGAAUAUGGAGGAUUAUGAACUCUCUGUACAAGUGUACAGACAUUAGCACUAGUGAUGCUGUGAGGAACUUAAUGUCUGAAACAGAAAGUUGGAUUUGUAAAGGUUUCGCAGUAAUAAGGAGUGUCAGGAUCUCUGCAAGUCUUGGACAAUAUGUUACAGUUUUUUUUUUCUAGAAACACCAAAAGCCUCGUCUUCACUGAGCUUUAACAUCUGUGAAUGUAAUACUUGAUACACAACACACAACAUAAAUAUGUUUUGAAUGACGCCUAAAAGCAAAAUAAGCUUUUACAAAUCACCUUGUAAAUCCGUUUCUUUCAUAUCCACAUCAGAGGAGUCUUAGGAGUGAGUGGCAACAAAUGCAGGUGCCCUCAGCUUAGUGGCAGGAAGUCCUGUCAUUGUGUUUCUCUGAUAUCAUCAAUUUUGGUUUCCACUGAUUAUGAACAUUUGACCAGCAGAGGGAGAGAAUUUGCUUCAGCUGCGAAGUUAUAGUACACGUGUGCUGUAUGAUGAAUGAGAAAUUUAUACAUUUAACGAAAUAAGAGAAGUACCUGCUUAAAAAUAUGCAGUGCCCAUGUUUCUUACUGGUGAUAAAUUGCUUUUGGCAGCUCUUUAUUGAAUAUUAAUGCACAGUGUUAAAACCAAAAGAAAUUAAGUUUUUAUUUGUUUGUUAAAUUAAUGUGAUUCAUUGAAAAUGUUGAUAUUAAAACCUUAAACCCUAAAUCCUUACUUUUGUUAGUAUUUUGUGUGUGCCUUUUGUUUAGUUUUGGAGAAGUUUCUGUCACAGGAGAUGUGUGGAUUUUACCUCUGGUAACAGCAAGUCUGUCAAUCAGGGGAACAUAUUUUUUAAAGAAUUGCAAAAUAAUUAAAUAAAUUACAUUUCUACUGCAGUUUAU